AUGGGGCCCCAUCCGAAGGGCCCCCGCCAGAACAGCAGCGACAGCAGCAGCAGCAACAGUGGUAGCAGCAGCAGCAGCAGCAGCAGCAGCAGCAGCAGCAGCAGCAGCAGCAGUAGCAGCAGCAGGGGUAUCUUCGAGGUAGAGAGGUCCUCACAAAGCCCUAUGGGGGCCCCCCCGUCCCCUCCUGGGUCCCCCGAAACGGCCGUGGGGCCCCUGGGGGCCCCCCAGCCGACGGGGCCCCCGGGGCCCCCGGGGGCCCCGCGCCAGAACAGCAGCGACAGCAGCAGCAGCAACAGUGGUAGCAGCAGCAGCAGCAGCAGCAGCAGCAGUAGCAGCAGCAGGGGUAUAUUCGAGGUAGAGAUGUCCUCACAAAGCCCUAUGGGGGCCCCCCCGUCCCCUCCUGGGUCCCCCCAAACGGCCGUGGGGCCCCUGGGGGCCCCCCAGCCAACGGGGCCCCCGGGGGCCCCCGGGGCCCCCUUCACCUAUCCAAGGGUACAGUUAGAGGGGCCCCCCAUAGACGACUGCGACCCAUCGUCAUCUGCAUGCGCAGACUCAGCUCCUCCUCUUAAGUUUUCUGCUGUGAAUAGAUUGAUGCUGGGGGCUGUUGGGGGCCCCCGGGGGCUGUUGGGGGCCCCCUUGGGGGCCCCUGGACUGGGUACGGGGGCCCCUACAGGGGCCCCCAUGGGGGCCCCCACAGGGGCCCCCGCUCCUAUUUCAUCUGCAUGCGCAGACUCAGCUCCUCCUCUUAAGUUUUCUGCUGUGAAUAGAUUGAUGCUGGGGGCCCCUGGGGGCCCCCGUGGGCUGUUGGGGGCCCCCUUGGGGGCCCCUGGACUGGGUACGGGGGCCCCUGUAGGGGCCCCCAUGGGGGCCCCUACAGGGGCCCCCGCUCCUAUCCUAUGGGAGGCCCCCUACUGCUGCGGCAACCCAGCAGUAGAAAGAAUAAGCGGCUGCAUACGUUACUAUAACGCAGCUCCUAGGGGCCCCGAGGGUCACGUGAGGGCCCCCAUGCUGAACCCUCACGCGGUCGAGGGGCCCCCAGGGGGCCCCCCAGGGGGGCCCCCAGGGGGGCCCCUAGGGGGGCACCCGGGGGGCCCCAUUGGUGAAGGGAACCUUGGAGGGGGGGCCCCAGGUCAGGGGGUACUGGGUGCCUUGACAGAAGCAACUGCUGCAGCAGCAAAUUUAGAGAGACGCAGCAGCAGCAACAACAGCAGCAGCAACAGCAGCAGCGACAACGGGGGCGGGGGAGAGGACUCCCCAGUGGGCCCCCCUAUGGGGGCCCCUAUGACUCCCCCUAUGGGGGCCCCCCCUGAUCUUUCUCCUGGGGCCCCUCCUGUGCCCCCUCCUGGUCCCCCUCCUGGGGCCCCUGCUGGGGCCCCUGCUGGGGCCCCCAUGGGGGCCCCCGUGUGUGAGCAACAGCAGCAGCGACAACGGGGGCGGGGGAGAGGACUCCCCAGUGGGCCCCCCUAUGGGGGCCCCCCCUGGUCUUUCUCCUGGGGCCCCUAUGGGGGCCCCUCCUGUGCCCCCUCCUGGUUCCCCUCCUGUUCCCCCUCCUGGGGCCCCUACUGGGGCCCCCACGGGGGCCCCCAUGGGGGCCCCCAUGGGGGCCCCUAUGGGGGCCCCCCUGUGCCCUGGUGUGUGUGA